AUGCACAAGAUGGAUAAGAAGUCGGGCGAGCUAUGUACUGCUGCGCAAGGCCCUAUUCUGCAGUUUAAAUCCGCUAGGGGGCUUUAUAUAGCUACGAACUUUAAGUCCUUAAAGCGCUUACCGCCGAUGAGCGAUAAAUAUAAGAGGCUAUUCAGCAGCGCAUCUAUAUUGCUGGGUAGGAGACGCCUUGGAAUAGAUAUAAUUGAGGCAAAUAAAUGCCUACAGUUAUCCUACGGCCCUCCGCCUACGGAUGCAUUUAAUAAUGCAGAGCAUGCCGCGUUGCUUGGUGCGUCGCGAGUAUCACCAGCCUCGUUGGCCGAGCAGGUGGAGGAGCGAUUGAGGGCAUCACAACGCGAGGAAGCAAACGCCAUGGCCGCCGACGGCGACGACGAGGCGCUGGCGGAGCAGGAACUACGUGAGGCCGAAGAGGAGGCUAUAUUAGAGGGCCCUGCACCACCUACUGAGGUUGUAGAUGUAGAUGAGGAUAAUAUGGUGUUGAGUGAUGGCUCGGGAUCGCAAUUUAGGUAG